CACAAAGACAGAGAGAGAGAGAGAGAGAGAGAGAGAGAGAGAGAUGGCUAAAGUUGGAAGAAUCACGCUUGGAUCACAAGGUCUAAAGGUUUCGGCUCAGGGACUGGGCUGCAUGGGCAUGUCGGCCCACUACGGCCCUCCGAAGCCCGACGAAGAAAUGAUCAAACUCAUCCACCACGCCGUCUACUCCGGCGUCACUCUCUUCGACACCUCCGACAUCUACGGCCCGCACACCAACGAAAUCCUCCUCGGCAAGGCGUUGCAGGGUGAGAUUAGAGAGAAAGUUGAACUGGCGACCAAGUUUGGGGUCACUGCCGAUGAAAAGAUGGAGGUGCGUGGCGAUCCGGCCUUCGUAAGGGCUGCUUGUGAAGCUAGUCUGAAGCGGCUUGACAUUGAUUGCAUUGAUCUUUAUUAUCAGCAUCGGAUUGACACUCGUGUCCCCAUUGAAAUCAUGAUGGGAGAACUGAAGAAACUGGUUGAAGAGGGGAAAAUUAAGUACGUUGGUCUAUGUGAGGCCUCUCCUGCAACAAUCAGAAGGGCUCAUGCUGUUCACCCCAUUACAGCAGUACAGUUGGAAUGGUCCUUGUGGUCAAGAGAUGUGGAGGAAGAAAUAGUUCCCACUUGCCGAGAACUUGGCAUUGGGAUUGUUGCGUACAGUCCGUUGGGAAGAGGAUUCUUUUCAUCAGGUCUGAAGAUCGUUGACAGUAUUUCAAAUGAUGACUUCCGGAAGUAUCUACCGCGGUUCCAACCUGAGAAUCUAGAGCAUAACAAGACCAUGUUUGAACGGGUUAAUGAAAUGGCAGUGAAGAAGGGGUGCACCCCUGGCCAACUAGCGCUAGCAUGGGUUCAUCACCAAGGAAACGACGUGUGUCCCAUCCCCGGCACCACCAAGAUUGAAAACUUCAAUCAGAACAUCGGAGCGUUGUCAGUGAAACUAAGCCCCGAAGAAAUGGCUGAGCUCGAGUCCAUUGCCUCAGCCGAUGCAGUCAAGGGUGAUCGAUAUGGGGGCUCGGUCCCUACUUGGAUGGAUUCAGAUACUCCACCGUUAUCCUCAUGGAAAGCCGAAUAAACACGCGAUAGGCUGCAUCAUAAAUCUCAACGGGGUGAUAAGCUGCAUCAUGAAUCUCAACGGGGUGGACCACGCGAAAGACAUGUUAUUGGAAUGUUGGAGAUUGUUUUGAUCCAACAGUUAUGUUUUGUUUUCGUCUUCCUGAAUAAACGUUUGUGGUUGUUUCAUUUGAAGUUGUAAGAACCUUGUUUUGUUUUUGUACUUCUGUAAUGUUCGUUUGGAAUUUGUGUUUGGUUUUAUAUGGAAACUCUUGUUUUUGUGGUGUUUCUU